CGCAAGAGUAGAAUGCGCGUCGCUCUUAGCUUCCAUCCAACUGAACACGGAGUCAGCACAGCCAAGUCGAACUCCGUCGUAACGGUUUGUUGUGCGCGAGAAAAAGCUGUGCAAUUGACUUUCUCAGUGAAAUAUUUGGGACUUUGUGUGUUAACUAAUCACCAAUCCGAACCGUGAGUGUUUCCAUCACUGAGGUGAUGUUUUUUGUGUGGAAAACUACGUGAAAAUUGGUAAUUUUACUGUCAAGAGGCAGGAAAAGUGUGUUGACGGAAUUUGAGUUGAGUUCGCGUGUGUGCAAAUGUGAUUAAUCGAUUUGUUGUGUGUUGAUUCGCGGAGUUCAGUGUGAGAGGCUUCUUAAAACGUCAUCGAAUCAGAAAUACCUGAGACGGUGAAUGCUCCCCGAAUCGCUGGAGCGUUUUGACUCCCCAUUCUAAGUGCUCUCUCUCCACGAAAUUCUUGUCCUCCUUGCCACUGUGAGUUAAGCCCUGUGUGGCCUGAUUUUUUUUUUGCCGCAACCAUAAAGAAUUACCGCCAAAUUUCAGGUGUUUCCAGGUUUAACAUAUGAGAUUUUCCCGCAAGAAUUAACAGGAAUUCUCUAAUAAAAGCUAAGUGGAGUUUUCUCCAGGGCUAUUAACAGUGUGUGAUCUUGUGUUUGUUGGUGUUGGUGUGCGCGAAAAAGAGCAUUUUUCGAGUGAAAAGCUGAAGUUUUGUAUCAAGCAGAGGUUUUUUCUUCCUCUUGAAUUAAACAAUAUUGGAUUACGGAGAAACGAGACGGCGAUACUUGAGUUGAUCGCCAGACCGAGAAUUUACGGAUUUAGAAGAACACACACAGCUCCAUCGGUGAGAGAAGGUACAGCAUUAAAAAAAAAGAGAGAACAACACAGCAUCUGAGAAGAGGGAUCGCGUCAUGGUAUGAAGGAGCCGAAUCACUUUGACGAAAUUGUGCCGGGAAGGCCAACCGCUGCCGAGCUUAGGGCAAUGGCGUUGAGACAGCAGCAACAGAUCGAUUCCCAGCACCAGCUUCUAGCCGCUAAGGAGCAGAGAUUGCGCUUCCUGAAGGCCCAAGAGGCUCGUGGAGCCGCUGCUGCCGCUGAAGGUGAACGCCUAAGGCGACUCCGGGAACGUGUCGAAGCUCAGGAAUCCAAGUUAAGACGCCUUCGAGCACUUCGUGGACAAGUGGAUCUUCAGAAGACCUACAAUGUCACACUGAGCAAUGAUUUGGACUCCAUUAGGGCGCUGUUCAGUGAGAAAGAGAAGGAGUUGAGUUUGGCUGUGGCAAAAGUGGAGGCUCUUACGAGGCAAUUAGAAGACCUGCGGCGAGAUCGACGUGGUCCUCUAAAUCUCAUACCAGGCGGAGCACCCGGUGGCAAUCAACAACAAUCCGCAGCGGCUCGUGAACUCGACAAAUUGCGUCGAGAAUUGAUGUAUCGCAAUCAGCUGUCCCUGCAGCAAGAUGCGAGACUUCAUCUGCAGAGAGAGGCUCUUCAGCAGCGUCAGGCGGAACUGCGUUCAGUGGACCAACGGAUAUUGGAACUUCAGAGUCGAUUGCAGCGCAAGAAGGCAUCAAAUUUGCUCCUCCAGGCAUCCCAGCAUCCUUCUCCGUCUCCACCCCAGUUAACACCACCAGCAGCUACCCAACCACUGCAGAAUGGCACUACAGCCACUGUGAGGCCCUCAAACAAUGUCUAUCCCUCACAGAGGGUAGCUCCGCGCGCCAAUAAUGUGGCUGCAGUGGAACCCUAUGUGCAUACACCUCAAAAGAACUCCGCACCGAUAACAAAGCCAGCUCAGCAUCUUAUCCAUGAUCUCACAGUCCUCAAACAAAUCAAUCAGGCUACGAGUCAGGGAAGCAUUGUAAACCAUGUGGCGUAUGCAGAAAGUGAUGAGAGUAAGCUGGCACGACAGAAGCGUCAACUGGCUGCAAAAAUCAAAGACGCUGACGAAGAUCUAACCGUAACGGAUUUUGCUGUUAAGAAAAACGAUCCCAAAUAUCAAACAUUGCCCUAUAAUACAAAGUUUGGAACACCCUUUGUUAAUAAAACCCCAUCAUCAGCAGCAUCUACGGUUUCAGCAGCAGUAACAACGACGACGACAACAGUAACGUCGAACGGAAGUGUAACGAAAACGAACGAAUGUGAUAGUGAAAAGGCAGGAGAAAUUGUGAAGAGUACUGUAUCCACAACACCCCUGAGUACAGCCCAAAAGAGUCAGAAAGAAGAGAAGCCAACGCCGAAACCCAAGUCACUACAUCAGAUUCCAAGUGGGAAUCUUGUUGUACCACCUCGGAAACCUAUCAGUAGUGUAGCACCCACAACUAUGAUCCCCAAGAUUGUUGCCCACAAUCCCAAAGUACAAAUGGUGGCCCCCAGUGUUAAUCAUGCUACACAGCACAGUGGUAUCCCUGUGAGUGUGACAAACAGCGAAGUAGACAAAGUGAGACCAGCAUUGCCACCAAAACCUAACAAAUCACCACCUCAGUCAGACACCGAUUCUCCUAAUACCUCAACAACACCGGCAUCUACUGUUUCUUCAGCAACAACUACUACUACUUCAACCCCUAUGAUCGUAAGCAUGAUCAACAAGCCUCCGGUUACAGAACCAGCAAGUAGCAGUAGUGAUUCAUCGUCGCCUGUUUUGCCACCUCCUAUGGGUCUCUCUGACAAUCUACCGAUCAAAGCGAAACCCCUUACGAUCAAGAAACAACCCAUCCAUGAACAACCCAAAUUGCGAUCUAGUUCUGGCAUUAAGCCUGUUCAGUAUACUUCGCGACGAAUUGAAAUGCCACCAGCUUUCCUCUUUCCCGAAGUUGCCACUGCUGAACUUAAGGAUAAGAGUGAUCCUCCACAGUCCUCCCCACCAAUUGCUCCGCCAAAACCAUCACCUGAUGAAUCAACAACACCAAUGAAUGGAUCACUUGAUGAAACAGACAAAUCAACAGGCUCAUCAACGACUGAUGACACAGUUACGUCAUCAGAGACUGACGCAAUUCCAAGGAGAACCCGAACAACAUCCAUGGGAGAGGGUGGUGGCAAAGCCAAGUUAGCACGUAGAGUGAGUUUUGAUCCAUUGGCCCUGCUACUCGAUGCCAGUCUUGAGGGUGAACUCGAGCUAGUCCGAAAAACAGCAAUGCAAGUCACUAAUCCCAGUGCUGCCAAUGACGAGGGCAUCACAGCGCUCCACAAUGCAAUCUGUGCUGGUCACUUGGAGAUUGUCAAAUUCCUCGUGGAAUAUGGAUGCGAUGUGAAUGCUCAGGAUAGUGAUGGGUGGACACCACUUCACUGUGCUGCCAGUUGCAACAAUUUGGCCAUGGUGAAAUUUCUGGUAGAGUCAGGAGCUUGCCUGUUUGCGGCUACACUUUCAGACCAUGAAACUCCGGCUGAAAAGUGUGAAGAGGAUGAAGAAGGAUUCGAUGGAUGCUCUGAAUAUCUUUACAGCAUUCAGGAAAAACUGGGAAUCCUCAAUAGUGGCGAAGUAUACGCAGUUUUCUCCUAUGACGCCCAACAGGCUGAUGAAUUGAGCUUUUCAAUCAACGAUCGCCUCACAAUCCUUCGCAAAGGUGAUGAUGCUGAGAGAGAAUGGUGGUGGGCGAAAGAUGGCACGGGAAAAGAAGGCUACGUCCCGCGGAAUCUCCUUGGACUCUAUCCCCGAAUUUCGACGAGGCAUUCACCUAAUCUUGAAUAACAGUUGGUGAGAUGUUGGAGAAAUUUAGAUACUGGAGUCCUGACCAAGUGCUAUGUAUCUCAGUUUAUAUAGAGAAGAAAAAACACCAUCGGCAAUUUUAAAAAGCUUCUUUUAAGUCUUAAGAAAUGCAUCCUCUUCAAAAAGUUGUUUUGUAAUUUUUAAGGAUAUUUCUAAAAAAAAAAUCCCCCUUUUACCCAUUUUUCCUCGAAUCCUUUCCAGGCGAAAGAGAAAUCUAUAUGUAUACAUAGACAUGAGGAUAUGUAUUUCUCCCUUCAACGCAAACACAUCAAAUUAUAUAUUGUUGCCUUUCAAUGGGAUAUAUAUUAAUAAAUAUUAUUCUAUUUUGUUAAUUUUAAGUGUGACGAAGAAGAUAAAAUGUAUUUAAGAAGGAGGCAAAUAAUGCAAAAGAAAAUGCAUUGAAAGUAUUCUUGAAACUUUUAAAAAAAAUUCCCAGUUAUAGAGGAGAAAAAAAGCAGAUACUAUAUUGAAAAAAUUGUACAUUAUACACAUUUUUAGAUAGAAUUAUUAAAAAGAAAAUAAUAGAUGAUGAAAUAUAUCAGUAUAAAUAUACAGAAUUUUUCUGUAUUUUAUAGAGGAAUUCUUGAGGAAAAGUUUCUUAGAAAAAAAAAACUUGAAAGAUGAGAUUUGUGCAGAUAGAAUUGACAUUCCUAGUGAAUAAAUAUUCACAGAGAAACUUUUCUACUCAAAAUAAUUUUAGUGCCAUUUCAAAAUUAUACAGAAAAUAACUAAUAUUUAUUUUAUUUUGAUUGUUAUCCUUAAGCUAUACAACUCAGAUUUUCAUCUUCAACUCCUAAAAUCUGAAACUUUUCCUCAUGAAUUACCCUCCUUAUAUAACAUUUCAAAUCUCUCAAAGAAAUCAUAUCAAAAUAAUAAACAUUUCAUUUUGCAAUCUAUAAAUAAAACCCACAAGAACAUUUCUAAAACGUACAUAAACAAAGUGAAAAGUAAAUUUUAUCAGAUGCUAAAGGGGAGAUGAAAGUAAAUAUCAUGCAUUCUUGUUGUCUUUUAAGGAGUCUAUUUAAAAGACGAUUUAGAAUAAUUAAAUAUUAUAAAAUGUGAAUUUUUUUUUUUCAUUACAUAAAAUCAUCACAUUUUUUUUCGUUGUUGCUUUUUCACAUUUUUACAUCUUACUUAUCUUGUAUUUCAAUUUAUUUUUGCAAGAUAAUUUUAAGAGAACAAAAAAUACACGUUGAAAUUGUUGAGAUUGCAAACGUAACCCAAACACCUGUGUUUAAUUAUUUUGACAAAUUGAAAAUUUAAUUCAAAAAAAUGAUAUGAAAAACAAGACAAUAAUUGACUUUUUAAUCAUCAAUUUAGUGUGUUUCAAGGAUCAAGAAAAAAUUUACUAAGUUGUUGUGUAGUUUGGAAAUAUUAAUAAAAUAUCGACCAAAAGUAGAAUAUUUCUUCUAAAACACUAAAAA